GCAUUCAACAUUAUCAAAGUAUUCAAGCCACCAAUCGUCACUUGCAUUGUCAAAUACAUUAUGUUGAUUAACAGUCAAGCAAUAGCAGCGCGACGUCUGGAAGCAAGCGGCGCAACUGAGACAGACCAACAUUCAGAGAGAUUCUGGAUGACGCAAAAUGCAUGUCAAAGAAACCCAGGAACUUGGGCAUCGUGUAUGCGAGUGUUGGAAACUGGGUGUGCUGUGGCUGCCAACUGUCCCGCCCUAACAAUCGGGCGAGAGGGACAUUGUCCAAUAUCCAGUUGCGCGGUGUCUCGUCGCUCUAGAGACGAGCCUAUCAUGAUGAAGGAGGAAGAAGGGCCACUGCACGCCGUAAGCCGUAACCCGCAAGACACAAUUCGCACUUGCAGAGAGGCCCCUGACGUAGGUAUGGUUCCCCCCAAGCCAGCACCUGAUCCAAACGGACAACCCAACGGCCACAACCGUCCCGAAUCGGGCCAGCCAUCGAAACCUUGCUGGGAAACCCAUCUGCGAAUCUGCCAGACGUGCAUGCAUCGCCAGGAGGAGGAGCGCAGACUGGGCGGCCUGGGUCGGGCUGAGUGGGGCCGGGGCAGUCACAGCCGGGCAGUCAGCCACAGCCUCCUGGGUCCUGGGGAGAUUGACUUUGGGAGCAUCUGGCGGAAUCAUCCCGAUGCAGGUCCUAGGUCCCAGGCGCAAUUCCAAGGUGGAAACGUCAUGGGCUGGUAG